ACAACUGUUAGACAGCCAGAGGAGCAUGCUGGAAUUCGUCAAAUUACAAAUGUGUGGAAUGUUAACGGCUCUCAUCCUGCUCUGUUUUGGACAUUUCCAUGUUUAUUCUUCAAGAUGUUCUGUCGGUCGAUUUGGAGAUGAUUGCAGCUUCACCUGUUACUGUGCAAAAAGGGGUUGUGAUCCUGACACGGGUCAGUGUGAUGUAGCUGGGUGUCAGACGGGCUGGACAGGACCCAACUGUUAUGUAGCAGCAAGUAUUUCAUAGAAGGAAAGAGGCAAACCUGUAUAAAAGAGUGUUUCUCAGG